GUAGCUGAUUAUAGUGUAGCCACUCUCCACUGCACUCUAUAAAUAAAUUGGUUUACAGUAAGCGCAUUUCAAAUUUUCCGCGAUUCUCAGUUUCCCUCAUUUUCCUUUUUGUAAUUUUCCCCUUCCCUCCACCCCCAAUUUCAAAACCCUACGCGCUCCGAAUUUCCAUCUCCAUCCUAAAACCCUAACUUUUUCCAGGAAGAAAGAAAAAGAAAUGCCGAGAGAAAUCAUAACAUUGCAGGUAGGACAAUGCGGGAACCAGAUCGGCAUGGAGUUCUGGAAGCAGCUCUGCUUCGAGCACGGUAUCAGUAAAGACGGCAUUCUUGAGGAUUUCGCCACUCAGGGAGGUGACAGGAAGGACGUGUUCUUCUACCAAGCUGAUGAUCAACAUUACAUACCGCGAGCUUUACUCAUAGAUUUGGAGCCUAGAGUAAUCAAUGGUAUUCAGAACGGUGAAUACAGGAAUCUUUACAAUCAUGAGAAUAUCUUUGUUGCAGAUCAUGGUGGCGGUGCUGGAAAUAACUGGGCGAGCGGUUAUCAUCAGGGGAAGGGUGUCGAGGAGGAUAUAAUGGACAUGAUAGAUCGGGAAGCUGAUGGAAGUGAUAGUCUUGAGGGCUUUGUCCUGUGCCAUUCAAUUGCUGGAGGAACAGGCUCAGGUAUGGGCUCAUAUCUGUUGGAGACUCUGAAUGAUCGUUACAGUAAAAAGCUGGUUCAGACCUACAGUGUAUUUCCUAACCAGAUGGAGACGAGCGAUGUGGUGGUUCAGCCCUACAACUCACUUUUAACACUCAAAAGACUGACACUGAAUGCUGACUGUGUUGUUGUGCUUGACAACACUGCAUUGAAUAGAAUAGCUGUGGAACGCUUACACAUGUCAAAUCCUACAGUUGCUCAAACUAACUCUUUGGUGUCUACCGUAAUGUCUGCAAGCACAACCACAUUGCGAUAUCCUGGAUAUAUGAAUAAUGAUUUAGUUGGUCUUCUUGCCUCUUUGAUUCCCACACCAAGGUGCCAUUUUCUUAUGACAGGAUAUACGCCGCUUACUGUAGAACACCAGGCUAAUGUAAUUCGUAAAACUACCGUGCUGGAUGUGAUGAGAAGACUUUUGCAGACAAAGAAUAUUAUGGUGUCCUCUUAUGCAAGAACAAAAGAAGCUAGUCAAGCAAAGUAUAUCUCAAUUUUGAAUAUCAUUCAAGGAGAAGUGGACCCUACUCAGGUUCAUGAAAGUUUGCAGAGGAUUCGUGAAAGAAAGCUUGUUAACUUUAUUGAGUGGGGCCCUGCUAGUAUACAGGUUGCUCUCUCAAGAAAGUCUCCGUAUGUCCAAACUGCCCAUAGGGUAAGCGGUCUCAUGCUAGCAAGCCAUACUAGCAUCCGGCAUCUCUUCAGCAAAUGCUUGAGCCAAUAUGAGAAGCUGAGGAAAAAGCAAGCUUUUCUUGACAACUAUCGGAAAUUUCCAAUGUUUGCUGACAAUGACCUCUCAGAAUUUGACGAAUCAAGAGAUAUAAUUGAGAGUUUGGUUGAUGAAUAUAAAGCCUGUGAAUCCCCAGAUUACAUCAAAUGGGGAAUGGAGGAUCCUGACCAACUUCUAACUGGAGAAGGCAAUGCAGCUGGAACUGUGGAUCCAAAUAUAACAGUUUGAGAAUUCUAAGUUAACAUCAAACAUUUCUAGGAUGUGUUAUUGUGUCAAAUGCACAUUGGAGUAGUGAGUGUAAAUAAGAGAGCUUGAUGUUUUGCUAUUUAAUUUUGUUAAGCUUCUUCGCUGGCAUUUUAGGGAUCCAGAAUCUCACUGUAUCAGGUUCAGGUUUUUUCUGUGUUGUUUAGUGUUUGAUUGGUGUGUUAUGUUGCUAUCCACGGAAUGGGCAAUCCUGUAACUUUAGGGGAUAAACGAGUUUCCAAGUUAUUAUAAUUCAUCAGCUUAUUUCCCA